AUGGCGCGGGGACUGCUCCGUGGACUGCUCACUGCUGUCCUGGGGCUGCUGAUCGGGGCCUGGCUGCCCACAGGCUUGGGACAGCCCAGGUCCCAGGUCCCCCUGACGCAGCCCUGGGCUGCUACCAGUCGGCCUCGGGCCCUGGUGCCACUGACACCGCCCACAGCCUCUGCCCUGGGCAGCUGGAAGACCUUCCUCGGCCUGCAGGGCGGCAGGCGGCAGGGGCCAGGUGGGCCAAGGCGCGGGCAAGGAGUGGCUGGCUCGCUGUCUCUGCCUCUGGACCCGCAGGAGGUGACCCAGGAAAGGUGCAGGGCUGUGCCCUUCGUUCAGGUGCUGUCCCGACCCAGCUGCACGACGGUCCGCAUCCACAACCACCUGUGCUUUGGUCAGUGCUCCUCCCUCUAUGUGCCCGGCUCAGCCGCAGCCUCCAGCUCCCUCUGCAACAGCUGCGUGCCCGCCCGGAAGCGCCGCGUGCCCGUGGUCCUGUGGUGUGCAGUGGGCGGCCCAGCAUCCCCUCGGCGGGUGAAGACAUCCACUGUGCUGGUAGAGGGCUGUCGGUGCAGCCCGAAGCUGUGACAACGCCGCAGAUGGACAGUCAGACACAGAUCUUGGGGAGAUGGGACGCGGUCACCAUCAGGGCGGGGAUGGGGCCUUAGAUAUCAUGCAGUGGGAGAGCACAUGCCAAGCAUGUGUGAGGCCCGGAGUUCAAGCCU